AUGGUGGGGGGACUGGGGGGUACAGGCAGCCACAGCCUCCAGCAGCAGUAUCGGCCUCCCUGUGUGUACUUCAUUUGCUUAAAUGGCCUAAGAUUCCCAAUGAAGAAAACUGAAAUUUAUAUCCCAGCCAAAAAGAAGUAUGAGUGGGCCAGCUCAGCUGUUGGGAAGAAGAGGAGGAAAAGCAGGAAGAGGAGGAAGAAGAAGGAAGUCUAUUUUAGUUACAUGUGGAAAAUCCUAAAGCAAACCCACCCUGACUUCAGUGGGUGCUCCUGGGUUGUGGAUGCACUGGGCGCUCUGGAUGGUUGUCACCUGGAAUGGGUUAGUCUGGAGGCGUUUAGAUUGUCCUUCUACAACCACAGAAGAGCCGUCACCAGCAGAGAGAUCCUUGAAGCAGUCAAGCAGAGAUCCUCUCAAAAGCUUUUGAAUAAAUGA